AUGUCUCGAACGAAGGUGUGCGUGCUCGUGCCGGAAGCUGUCCUUGUGCUACUGGACGUGGGCGCCUCCAUGCGUGCGCCACUACGCGAGCGCGUCUCUGUUAGUGACAAGAACCGACAAGAUACAGACAACGACCUGCAGCACACGCGCUUUGCGGCAGCCUUGGCAGCCGUAGAGAACGUUGUCCAACAAAAGCUUUUCUUCAAGCCCAAGGACGAAGUGGGCAUCGUCGCCUACGGAUCGGAAGAUACCGAUAAUCAACUGAAUGAGGAGCAGGGACAAGGCGAGUAUCGGAACGUGCAGGUGGUGAACUCGAUCGACUCGCCAACUCUGCACAUGAUCAAGAGACUGCGGGAGCUCAAGCCAUCCAAAAGCGAAGAAACGAAGGUGGAUAUUCUGGACGGGAUAAUUGUGGCCUUGGACUUGUUGUUCCGUCGGACGGACGGCAAGAAAUACGACAAACGCCUGCUGAUCAUCACCGACGCAGCUGCGAAGAUUGCGGACGCAGGAGAUCUCGAGUCAGUCGUGACGAUGAUGCAGAACAUGGAAGUGCAGCUCCAAGUCAUCGGUCUGGACUUCCAGCACACUACGACAGCCAAGAAAGCGGACGAGAUGGCUGAGACUUCUGUUAAAGACGAGCCGAUGGAGCUAGCUACCAGUGGACCAGACAGAGUCAAGGCUGAAAAUGAGAAAAUGCUAGUUUCUAUUGCGAACGAAGUAGGCGGCGAAGUGAGUUCUGUGUCCAAGCGCAUGCAGCUACUGGCUCAGGGCAUGAAGAAGACUGUGGCUUUGACGACCAAGUUCCGAGGUCCUUUGGAGUUCGGAGACACGUUGGCAAUCCCUCUGUACUGCUACUUGAAGACCAAGACAGCCACGUUACCGACGCUGUCGAAGGAGUCUCAGAACUCUUACGAAAAGGAGACAGCCGGGAAAGUAAAGCUCGAUCGACGCUAUACGUCGCCUCAGAACGUCGACCAAGAAGUUCCUCCGGAUGAACAAGUGAAGGCGUAUCGCUACGGCUCGGAGAAAGUCCCGUUCGCUUCUGCAGAUAUCGAGUUCUUCAAGUUCCAGACGGAGAAAUCCUUGAAAGCUUUGGGGUUUCUAGACCGGUCUCAGCUCAACCACUCGAAGUUUAUAGCUGGCACGGAUGUCUUCAUUGCCGAGCCGGGCAAACCUCAUGCAGCCACGUGCUUUGCAGCGUUAAUCGACGCGAUGGUGGAGCUGGAUCAAGUGAUUAUUGCUCGCUUCGUCCCUCGGAAGAAUGCUGCUCCUAAGAUUGUGGCCUUGAUCCCCCACGCACCGUCGUCUGGUGAGAAUUUCUACGCGAUGUGGGCUCAGCAAUUGCCAUACGAAGAAGACGUACGCAACUACGAGUUCGCUCCAUUGAAGACACGCAAGUAUACUCCUUCGAGUGAACAACAGGCGCUGGCAGAUAAACUGGUGGAUAGUCUGAGUAUCCGAGACGACAAGGCCGACGAAGUGGGUGCGUGUUUCAACCCCGUGAUCCGACGUUUCUUCCAUGCUGUGUCCAUGCGAGCGUUGGACGAAUCGGCUGGAGUUCCGGCCUUACCGUCGUAUCUGGAGUCGAGUUUGAAGAUGGACAGUGGGCGACAAGAGAAGAUCUCGAGUCUUAUUGAGAGUUUCGGAGACGCGUUCCAGUUGAAGGAAGCAGUCAAGAAAGCCAAAGACCGGAAGAAGAAAUCGUUCUGGAGUGACGUCCCCACUGCGUCGAUUAAAGAAGAAGAUCUUAAAGAAGAGAACGAGGAGGCGACAGGAGAUGCCGGUUCCGACUUGGAAUUGGAUUUGGACGAUCUUUUGGACAGCGGGGAUGUGACCAGUGUGGGGUCUAUGAACCCUAUUGCUGAUUUUGAGGCGUUAAUUGAGUCUUCGCAGUCAAAAUUGAGUCGUAGACAGCAACUCACGACUGCGGUUACUGGCAUGGAGACGCAAAUCGAGAAGUUGUUGAGUCAAAGUGGCUCGGAAUUCUUUCCCAAAGCAAUGCAGUGUUUGAGUCACUUUCGGAAACGCAGUCCGGAAAUUCAAUAUUCGACUCAAUUUAAUGAGUUUUUGACAAAAUUGAAGACGGUUUUGUCGGAAGAUUCCGAAGCGUGGAAGACUGUCAAGGAUGCGGACAUCGGGUUGAUCAGCUCGACGGAAGACCCGAGUGUCGACGUCUCGCCUGCUGAGGCGCGUGCCUUUCUACACGGAGAGGAAGAAGUGGACGUCAACUUGGCUGCAGCCUCGUUGUCGUCACAGGUGGAGGCGAUGGAGGAGGAAGACGACAUGUUUGCGGAUUUUGAGUAA